UACCGGAUUCAGAUUCCCUACAGUUUUUUCAAAUAAAAAAGCUACUAGUAUAUAUAUGUAGUGAUGACUGACGGGUAAAAUGGUACUAGUAAUCUAAAACCCCUCGUGGCGCCAUUAAUAUUUUAGCACCAAGUCCCCUUCCCUUCUCUCAACUGCCCUUUCUUCGCACCAUCAAUUAUCAAUAGAAUAUUGGACAAGUAGUAAAUAAACGCCAAAAUUGACUCACAUCACAGUUGGUUUCUUUACUACUACUAUUCCACUGUAAUUUACAGAAACGGAGGAGGGAUCAAGAUGGCGAACAAGGUCUCAAAUUUCUCGGAUCUGAUCCAACGAGUCACCGCUUCUUGCUUGUUGCACCCACUCGCCUCCGGCAGGCACGAACCCGAUGAACUCUCUGACAAUGGAGCAGGAGAUGAGUCCGAAGACGAAUACUACAAGACGGAGGAGGAAGAAGAAGAGGAGGCGGAUAGAGAAAAUGUUAGGGUUUGCGAGGGGGCGAAGGAGGAGGUGAGAAAUGAGAGGGUGAUGGAGAUGGAGACGCUGAUGGGCGAAGUGUUCGAGGCUGUGUCGGCGAUGAAGAGGGCGUACGUUAGCCUGCAGGGGGCGCAUUGUCCCUGGGAUCCGGACAAGAUGACCGUUGCUGAUGUGGCGGUGGUGGCCGAGCUCAGGAGACUGGCCGUCUUGAGGGAGAGGUUUCGGAGGAGUUUUGGGAGGGAACGUGGUGGCGGUGGCGGAGGCGGAGGGAGGAGGGUUGGGUCCACGGCGGCGACGCUGAGGGAGGUGGUCUUGCCGUAUGAGGCGGCGCUGGAGGACCUGAAGAAAGAGGUGAAGGCCAAGGAAGUUGAGGUCGACAACUUGAAGGAGAAGCUGAAAACAGCCACCGAUCUCAACGGCAGUAAUGGUCGGAAGGGGAGGUCUCAUCAGUCAAAGAGAAAAGUCAGCUCCAGUCAACCUCAAGUGCCGGCGCCGGACCUAUUCGAAGCCACAGUGAGUCAGGUGAAAGAAGCAUCGAAGUCCUUCACAGCACUUCUCCUCUCACUCAUGCGCUCCGCCCACUGGGACAUUGGUGCCGCCGUCAGAUCUAUUGAAGCCGCUAUCGCCAACACCACCACCGUCACGAUCGACAGCUCCGCCGCCGGAACCAACCACGCCAAGUACGCACUGGAGUCCUACGUGAACCGUAAGAUCUUCCAAGGCUUCGACCACGAGACCUUCUACAUGGACGGAAGCCUCUCCUCUCUCAUCGACCCGGACCAGUACCGCCGCAACUGCUUCACACAGUAUCGCGACAUGAAGGCCAUGGACCCCAUCGAGCUGCUUGGAAUCUUACCAACAUGCGACUUCGGAAAGUUCUGCUCCAAGAAGUAUCUAUCCAUAGUCCACCCCAAGAUGGAGGAGUCGCUGUUUGGGGACCUGGAGCAGCGCCGCCAGGUGUUGGCCGGAAACCACCCGAGGAGUCAGUUUUACGGGGAGUUCUUGGGGCUGGCAAAGGCGGUUUGGCUGCUCCACUUGUUGGCGUUCUCUUUGGACCCACCACCGAGUCACUUUGAGGCGAGCAAAGGGGCGGAGUUUCAUCCUCAGUACAUGGAGAGUGUCGUCAGAUUUUCCGGUGGGCGGUUGACAGUGGGUCAGAUGGUGGGAUUCCCAGUCAGUCCUGGGUUUAAGCUUGCAAAUGGGUCCGUUAUUAAGGCUAGGGUUUAUCUUGUACCCAGGUCAUGAGUUAUUGUGGGAUAAGUUUCUAUAAGAUGGUUAGGGGUUGUUAGAAUUUAGUAAUGUUCUGAGAUUAGGACAUGUUUAGGUGUAAUGUAACGUUCGCAUGAGCUUUUCAGCUAGUGCCAUAAUUUAUUGAAAUGCUUUGUUGUGGAGUAACUUAUCAAAA